GACUUCCCAACGAACGUGCCCAUCCGAGUGAACCGCUGCGCGCGAGAUGGCCUAGACUUGCCAACCAUUAAUAUCGUAGCCGUGGUCUUUGAGGAGCAAAGAACAGCCAUGUUCCGCCCCGCUCUGCGACAGGCGUCACGCCGACUGGGUGCACUGCCGAGUAAUAAGGCUUAUCCGAGAUCCGGCUGUAGACGGUGGCUCAACACCGUGACGACAUGUCCAGAGCCAACAUGCGAGUGUGCCGACACACCGCCGAUGCCCAAGGACCUCCCUAUAGACUAUAAGGGCAAGCUCGAUGGCCUCAUCUCCAAUUAUGCCCAGCAAGUCCUUAUCUGCACGGGCAAGGACGACUGGGCGUCCCGCAUUGAAGAGGACAACGAUGGGGACAACCUCGCUGCCGAUCUCAAGGAGCUCAUCGGCCGCGGUGGCAUGUUCAGCGACCCCUUUCACAACAUCUCCGUCCUCAACUCGUCCUUCGCAUCGUCCAUCUCGCGCCGCCCAGAGGUGCAGACCACAUCAGCCUUCCUCUUCCCGAGCUUCAAGCACAUCCCCUUCCUGCCCCGGGUGUCCUUUGAGUCGGUCGAGGCCCUCGUCAAGGGCUACCUGCUCCCGGACAAGCUGCACCCCAUGCACGACGGCCUCUCCCCGAUCCACCGCGACCGCCUGCUCCGCAAGGAGGCCUACCGGCAGCUCCUCUACGGCGUGCGCGACGUGACCGACGUCGUUGUGCUCAUCUGCGGCCACGGCGGGCGCGACCUGCGCUGCGGCAUCAUGGGCCCGGCCCUCCGCUCCGAGUUUGAGCGGCAGCUGCCCCGUGCGGGUGUGGACGUGCUGCAUGGGCCCGUCAUCGACGAGAGCAUCUCGGCGCCACCCCUUGCCGGGACCAUCGAUGACCCCCCGCGGACCGCGCGCGUCGGGCUCAUCAGCCACAUUGGCGGGCACAAGUUCGCGGGCAACAUUAUUGUGUAUAUCCCCCCGACGUGGAAGAACAAUGGCGGCAACCCGCACCCCUUGGCUGGUCACGGCGUGUGGUAUGGUCGGGUCGAGCCGAAGCACGUCGAGGGGAUCGUCAACGAGACUAUUGUGAAAGGCAGCGUCGUCAAAGACCACUUCCGAGGAGCCAUCAAGCAGGAUGGCGAGAUGAUCAGGCUCUAAGAGUGUCCCGCACAUUGAGGAAGCGAUAGGGACUCCCCUUUUGGUGCAGAACGCGUGGCGACUAUUCGACAUCGCGUGCCGCUCUGGUUGGCCGCUCUUGUACAAUGAGAACAAAUCCUCAGCUUCGUAGAUACCAUAUAGAACUACCACAUAACUGGGAGCCUGCAACCAGGAGACCACAAUACAUCUUGCUUGAGCCAUGAACAUAUCUUGCUCAAGUUUCCCCCGCCGUCUAGGAGACUCGCAGAGCCAGCGGCACAACUGCUACCAUGGGCUGACUCGUAUGGCAGCGACAGGGACGGCUGAG